AUGGAGGAGACACAGGUCGUCAUUGUCGGGGGAGGGCCCGCCGGCCUUGCCCUGGGAUUGUCGUUGGCGCAACACCAGAUUCAUUCAGUCAUCCUGGAGAAGGCAGCAGAGGUGACCACGGAUCCGCGAGGCGUUUGGCUCACAGGAGAUGCUGUAAGAAUCUUUCACGCCAUCGGAAUCGGUCAUGAAAUGAACCAAGUCGGCCACGAGCCGCCUCACGUCAACUUUCACCACUCAACCUUCAACACGACCCCUUUCUACCGGAUGGAAAUCACCACCGCCAACAGCCUCGAACAGUCUUUGCCCGAAGGCUUUCUCCAAAACCAGCCCAAGCUAGGUUCGAUCGAUCUCGUCUCCUGGAAGGUUUGUGCUGACCUGACCUUGCCAGAGCACGCCCUGAGACGCGCGAUCGAGAAGACGAGCUACUGCUCAUUACGCACAAAUUGCACGGUAAUCGGAAGAUCUAGUGAGGUGCCGCCAACCGUCGAAUAUUUGGACGCCCAAAAGUCUCGCCGCGUCAUUAGAGGACAAUGGCUACUUGGCGCCGACGGCAAGACGGGCAUCGUCCGCAAACACUUCCUGGAACCAACCGCCGGAAUCAAGCAGGAAGCCGGCGUCUACCCCUACGAAGGGGUAUGGGUCGCCGCGAAUCUCAAAAUGACCCUCCCGACGCCGCAAACACACCCGACCUUUCCCCUCUGGAAGUACGGAUACACCCCUGACGAGGUCUACGACCUAUUCUGGCCCGUGGGCUGGCACUUCUGCAGCCCGCCCGGCAGGCCGACCGCAACAGGCAGAUUUGGCCCCCACGCCGACCGGACAUGGCGCCACGAGUUCCGCGUCGACGAGUUCGGAGGCCCGAUAUACCCGGAAGAGCUCUUCUGGGAACACAUAUCCCAAAGCAUCACCCUCAAAGAGGACCCCGUCCGCGGCCACCGCUUCGACGAGGCCGUCGAGUAUCCCCGCGACUGCAUCGAGAUCCUGCGCUGUCGUCCCUUCAAGUUCGUGCACAAGUGCGUCAACCGGUGGUACGACAAGCGCACCCUCCUAAUUGGCGACGCCGCGCACGUCUUCCCGCCGUUCGCUGGCCAGGGCAUCGCGAGCGGCGUGCGCGACGCGCACCAGCUUGCAUGGCGGCUGGCCCUGCUCCUCCGCACCCACGCGGAGCCGGAAACCAACGCUGCGAUUCUGGAAUCAUGGGCAGCUGAGCGCCGCCACAGCGUGGAUGACGCUGCUAGGAUGUCUAUGGUCUCCGGCACCGUGUGCAACAGCCAACCGACCCUGUGGAUUCUGGCACUGGCUAAACUGCAGGGAUUCAUCAACUCGAUCCCCAUGCUUCGCAGAUACGAUCUGGCGGCCCAGCAGGAGCGGCGUGGUUUCUGUGGCGUUGCUGGCGGGUUCUUUCUCAAGGCUUACAACGGCGGUGCCCGACUGGCGCAGAUACAUGUCCGCUCCUCGCUCAGCCAGUCGCCGAUUUUGUCUGACGAUCUGCUUCGCCAGUGCGGUACCAUCUUCACGCUUCUUCUCAUCAGCAACGACGAUUCAACGGAGACGAGCGAGUCGUACGCGGAAGCUAAAGAAGCUAUCUCGGGAGCGUCUUUAGACCCCGAUGUCUUGUCAGAGGAAUCCAUCGUCAUCUAUAAUCCACAGGACGGAGAGUCGUACACAGCGGUCAAGCUCUCGACAGAAGAACAGAGCAAGUGGGAGGUCUUCUCGCCUGUGCCAACUUCUGGAAUCGAGGCACCCCUGGCUCCCGGGUACAACAGCACGUCGUAUCUUUCUCGACUAGGCUCAUCUGCCAAGUUCGUUGUCUUGCGUCCAGAUAUGUUCGUGUUUGCAUGCGCAAGGAGCAAGAAUGAGCUGGCGCACUGCUUGGUCCAACUUCGGGAACGUCUUGGUUGA